AUGUCGGUUACUCGACGCAUUCUGUGGUGUAAAAGGCUGUUAGUGGGCAGUGUGUGGCGUGUCUUCCCCGAAGCCUCUCGCCAGCUAACAAUUCGAGCUGCCGAAGCGGAAGAAACGGUCGUUUCCAACGCGCAUGCGUCAGACGCCUCACCUUACCCCUACCACUACAAACCGGCUCACAAGGAGGCGCCUCUCAAGUCGUUUCAGACAGGCCAGGUCCUGGGUACCGUUCACCUACACCCAUUUGUCUUUGGAGCUCCUCCGAGAAUCGACAUCCUCCACAGAAUCGUGGUGUGGCAGCGAGCCAAGCGGCGGGAAGGACUCGCAAAGGUGAAGGAUCGAUCGGAGGUCCGGGGCGGAGGGAGGAAACCAUGGAAACAAAAGGGGAGUGGUCGGGCCAGACAGGGCAGCAUCAGAGCCCCUCACUGGCGAGGCGGGGGUGUGGUCCACGGACCGCGAGGCCCGAAAUCCUACGACUACACACUUCCAAAGAAAGUCAAAAGCCUCGGACUUCGAGUGGCUCUGUCGGUAAAGUACACGCAGGGAGAUCUAACAGUGGUUGAUGCCCUCCAGGUACCCACUCACAGAGUUCGAGAGACGUUCCCUAUUCUGGAGAGAGAAGAGUGGUCGUCGGUGUUGAUGGUGGACGGAGGAGAACUGGACAGGAACCUGUGCUACGCAACUCGUAACCUGCAGAAAGUCGACGUACUGCCGUCGAAAGGACUCAAUGUGUACAGCAUCCUGCUGAGGGAUAAACUGGUGCUCAGCAUUGGAGCUGUCAGACAGUUGGAGCAAAGACUGCUACAAGACUGUGUAGAUUGA